AUGAUGCCUAUCAAAAGGGCAACCUUCUUAGCCGGUAUCCAGAGAAGACUGUACCUUCGAGGAAAUCAAGUCCGUGCCAUCACCCUCUUCACCGUCAGCAACACUGGUCGGCAUAUCCGCAUCGAUGUCAUCACCAUCACCGCACAGAUCGUUGCUCCAACCCUCUCGACUGUCAUCGCCAAUCAGCAUUCCAACAUGAGCAGCUUAACAAGCCUCCUGGCCGCCAGCACAACCCACCUGAGAUUUUGUUGGUCGCCAGGCGACAAGACUUUGGUCAGUCUUGUACACGAACUGCAGCCAGCCUGCCUAGUUUGCCGGCAGACGACACAUCGAGCCCAUCAGUCAUCAGGUCAUCAGUCAGUUUGGCCACUGUUUCUCGCUGUAUGGGCCCUGGAGACCAGACGACGUAUACGCGGAUCAGAUGGGACUGAAAAGAAGAAGCAAUCGCCACUAAUACCGACUGAGUCAAGCCAAAGAAAGAGCCUAACUGGCCAGAUCACCUCGACCAAAUGCACUUUGAACCGUGAAGCGGAACUUAUCUCAGGCACCGAGAAACUGUUGCCUUGGAGGAGUAAAACAGGAGCCUCUGGAGUGGUAGGUCGUUACAGUGGUCCUCCUGGAUCCAGCCUAUCUCUUCGUCGGCUUCAUUGGAUCUGCUGCCUGUUCAGAGGUUCUUUCUGGUCUAGCGGCUGUUUCUGUUGCAGUCCCCGAGCUCUGGCGAGGUCACUCAGAGGCGGAACGAAACGGGAAACAGGGACUGGGGACGGGGCUCUAAGCGCCAGAGAAAGAGGGGUCAGUGGAUCUGUUAUACUCAGUGCCAUUAGAGAACCAGAGGUCCCUGAUGGUCAGUGGAGCUGGAGACAAAAGUCUUGCCGUAAACCUGGAUACUCGGAUGUCGGCAGAAAGCCAUUUAACCGUACGAGCGAAGAAGAUGAGACGAGAGACAGCUGGAACGCUGACUCGCAGAUUUCAAAGGGAAGCUCUGAGUCCGCAUCAAGCAUUGGCUCCUUGGGAAAUAUAGAUUAUCUGGUGCAAGAGCAUCAGGUUGAGAUGAACCGACACAUGUUUGCAGUAUGCCAGAAUCAGAGGAAAGAGGAAGGUGUGGAGAAGAAACAGUCCGAAGUGGGCUUAGCAGUUUCUGGUGAGGAAGAUGAGGCUUCUGCUGGGCCUGAGUUCGAGAACACCGACUGCGAUGCUUCCGUUGAGGCUAACAUUACGAGUCGGUCUGGUUGGACAGUGGGCAAAUUUGACGAGGAUAUUGCCAAAAGUCGUCAGUGCAGCAGUACAGUUAGAAUAAAACGUUUUCCGUUGCAGAGACAAAUUGAAGCGAUUUGCUGCCAAGAGAUAGUCAGUCCGUCUACCAGGCAAGUAUGGCAAGCAGAGUAG